AUGGGAUGGCGUGAUAGGCGUGAAGGAGGGGUUAAGAACAAUGCUCGUUCAUCUGCAUCAAAUUCGACACCAAGCCCCAGAUCUGGAAAGAGAGAACAAGCAUACCACGACGGAAAAGGUUAUGCCAUUGGAGAGCUUGUGUGGGGAAAAGUAAAAGGCUUCUCUUGGUGGCCUGGACUGGUGGUGGUGUGGAAGGGCCGGGUGCUUCCUGUGUCUAUGAGGCGCGUGGAGUGGUUUGGAGAUGGCAUGUUUUCAGAGAUUCAUACAGAGGGACUGCAGCCCUUCGCUGCGUUUGCAAAGUGCUUUUGUAGUAAGUCCUAUGAAGGUCUGCCUACCUACAAAAAUGCCAUCUAUCAAAUCCUAGAGUUGGCAGCAGAGCGCUGUGGGAAGAAUUUCCCCCCCUCUGAGAAGAAAGGGGAAGAGGUGAAGGCCAUGCUGGAUUGGGCAUUUGGAGGCUUCCAGCCCAUGGGUCCUGAUGGAUUUUUGCCUCCUGUGGACAGCUCUGCCAGUAAAACGGAGUCUGAUUCUUCAGUGUCUGAUUAUCAGCCUCCAGCCAAGAGGAAGUAUGUCUUCAAGAACAGGCAGUCAGCUCAAGAUUACACCAGAGAUCAAAUGGUCCAUGAGGUCACUGUUAAAGGCAGAAACAUUGAAGAUUUCUGCCUGUCCUGUGGAACUGCCAACACUGAAAUUUUCCAUCCACUUUUUGAGGGAAGCCUUUGUUUUAAGUGCAAGGAGAACUUUACAGAAACACUGUACAGGUAUGAUGAUGAUGGCUAUCAGUCAUACUGCACCGUGUGCUGCGCCGGACAAGAGGUCAUUCUCUGUGGAAAUGCCAGCUGCUGCAGAUGUUUCUGUAAAGACUGUUUGAAUAUGCUGGUGGGAGCUGGGACGUUUGAUAAGCUGAAGGAGGUUGACCCAUGGAGCUGUUACAUUUGCCUGCCCUCUAAGUGCUACGGCGUGCUCAAGCUCAGGCCUGACUGGAGUGUUCGUGUCCAGGAGUAUUUCGCCAAUAACAGUGCCUUCGAAUUUGAGCCACACCGAGUGUAUCCUUCUAUUCCAGCUCAUAAGCGUCGUCCAAUCAGAGUCCUCUCUCUGUUUGAUGGGAUUGCAACAGGCUAUCUGGUCUUAAAAGACUUGGGCUUUAAGGUGGAGCGCUACAUUGCCUCUGAGAUCUGUGAAGACUCCAUUGCUGUUGGGAUGAUCAAACAUGAGGGCCAGAUUGAAUAUGUGAAAGAUGUGCGGACCAUCACAAGGAAACAUCUGGCCGAGUGGGGUCCAUUUGACCUCCUGAUUGGUGGAAGUCCAUGUAAUGACCUGGCCAUGGUGAAUCCAGCCAGAAAAGGUCUUUUUGAAGGCACAGGUCGGCUCUUCUUUGAAUAUUACCGCAUGUUAACUAUGAUGAGGCCGAGAGAGGAUGAUGAUCGCCCCUUUUUCUGGCUCUUUGAGAACGUAGUAGCCAUGAGUGCCCAUGACAAGGCUGAUAUCUGUCGUUUCCUGGAGUGUAAUCCUGUGAUGAUUGAUGCUGUGAAAGUAAGCCCAGCCCACAGGGCUCGCUACUUCUGGGGAAAUUUACCUGGAAUGAACCGACCACUUGCGACUUCACUCACUGAUAAAGUAGAACUGCAGGACUGCCUGGAGGUCGGACGAACCGCAAUGUUCAGCAAAGUUCGCACUAUCACCACCAAGUCCAACUCCAUCAAACAAGGGAAGAUGGGGCCUCUGCCGGUCACCAUGAAUGGAAAAGAGGACUAUCUUUGGUGCACUGAAAUGGAGAGAAUAUUUGGGUUUCCAAAGCAUUACACCGAUGUGAAUAAUAUGGGGCGAGGACAUAGGCAGAAGCUGCUUGGGCGGUCCUGGAGUGUUCCCGUGAUCCGACACCUCUUUGCCCCUUUGAAGGAUUACUUUGCUUGCGAGUAAACCACCAUCUGGUCCAGGCAGCACUGGCACUGGAGGUCCAAAUUAAGUUUCUCAGAUAAAUGAAUUUGAUUUUCUUUUUAUUUUAGUUUUUCUCCCUGCAGAUUCUGACCUCAGAAUAUUGCCAAAUUUUAAUGUUGCAUUUGUUCUCAAGUUCAGAAAGCAUGUUAUCCUGAUGAUUUAUUCUUGGAACGCACAGCCACUUUUGGAUUGGAUUCUCUUAAGUACUGUCAUUUUUAACUUGUACAUUUUAAAGUGAUUUUUAUGCUGGAGAGAGCCACACGAUACUCCACCCACUACCUCAGUGCCGUUCUGUGAUUUGUUCAUUGUCUGGAGGAAUGCCGCUUUAUGCCUAAUUUAUAAUAAGUUAAUAUUAAUUUGGUUUGGUUUAGCAGUUUUAAACUUAUGUCAUCUUUUUAGAGCACAUUUUUACAUUAAAUCGUUUCCGUGUUUUUAAUAAACAUCCUGUUGUUAAAUAUUGCAUUUUAGAAUUUUUACAAUUAUAGUAAUGUUAUCAUUCCACUUGUGCAGUUUUAUAAUACAGGAUGUUUGGCCAUCAUGACAACCGUACUAAAUCAACAUUUAAAUGUUUUCCUAUUAAGGAGCAUCUAUUUAAAUGAAAUGAAUGUUAAUAUACAGCGUAGAUGACUUGGGUUUCAAUUAAACUGCGCUUAAUUUAUAGGAAUACAUGCAAUCUUAUAGUGCUCCAUGUAUUCAGAAGCACAAAUGUUGUCUGUGCCAUUCAAUUUGACUCAAACCUUGGGCUGUUAGAUUUGAGUUGACAGUAGCCUUCCAAAGCUUUUUUACUUUAUUUUUAUUGUUAUCUUUAUCAUUUAUAAUAAAUCUGCAGAGCAACACUGCUGUUUUAAGACUAUUUUUGAGCAUUUUUAAAACCUCGUAGUCCACACUAUCAUCAUUUUACAAGAAACAGAUCAUCAACCCUUAACAUUCAAGUAUUUUGUUUUUCAUUUUGCCCCAUUUGUUACCUGUAUGCACUUCCGAUUUUAAACUGUUGGCUGAAACUGUGGUCACUGCAGCAUUCGUUUGUUAUUUUUGGUGAGCAUUUCACAUACUACAAUAUCCAAGUGAGAGUUACUGAAGCCUUUUUGUCGAAAUUGAUACAAUGUGAUCAAGGGCUUAAACUCUGAAUAAGUGCCUACAAACUGAUGGGCUAUUUUUUUUUAUGAGGAAAAAAGAAAAAGUGAACUGAUUGUAACUGGCUUGACUUCAGACUACUUUAAAUGGCAUAAUUUUGGCUACUUUGUCUAGUGCAAGUGUCUAAAUUAUAUCUUACCUUUGAAAUGUCUUGAUACAUUUCGUUAUUAAUUGUGGUCCACUGUCAGUGUGAAAUUAGGUGCUUCAGAAUGUGUGUAUAAAUACAUUGUUUUAUUUGUAGUUGUUUAGCAUGUGUAUUUUUUUAGCAUUAUGUGGAUCAUGGGGAUUUGUGGUUUGGACUGUCACAGGUCAAAGCUAGUGUGACCAUACAUCAUCUGUUUCCCUGACAUUUUCUGGCAUGGAUUUCUAUGAAUUGAUUAUAUACUAUACCUGCAUGCUAUCGGUCAGCUUUAUUUUCAAUCAUUACCUUAAAAUAUAAAAACAUUAGGGAAGCAAAUCCAUUUUAGGUCACUCCAGAAAUGCCAUCUAGGUCAUGUCUGGGGAGAAAAGAAGACGUAUGGUCAAACGAAUCCAAGCUUAUCUUUAAAUUUUUGUAGUUUUUUAACAAUGUAUGCCAACUCAAACUAAGCUUGAUUAAACCAGAUUUAGUGAGGCAUGGGCCAGCCUGAGGGGUUAUGUGUGCUUUUGGUGAAAUAUCAUUUAACUGGAUUACAUGUCUUGAUGCCUUCUGGAUAUCUAUGUCUUGUAGCAAAGCUUUAGAAAUUCCCAGUAGGAACUGUGUUGGUGCUGUGUUACAUGUGAUUUUUGUAAAAUGAUGGUCCAUGUGUAAUUUUGGAGGUGCGGUAUGGUUAUAAAGAAUAUCUUCCUCAGGUCUUUUCAACACCAGCAGGCCUCAAAGGACUGUGAUCUUUAGCAUCACACUUGAUUAUUUUUUUUUUCAAUUCUUUGUGAACAGAAUAUACAAUAUAUUUGUACUCUUGAAAUUGCCCUUAAUACCUCUUUUUCUUUUUUACUUUUGAAUGGGUCAUUCAAAACCCUGAUGUGUUUUGGUGCUAAAUGAUAUGCUAAUGAUGUAUGUAGUUCUAGAAUGAUUUCCCUGGACUGAUGAUUGACAAGACUGGUUUUAUUUUAAUCUUUUGAUAUAGUCUGCUUACCUAGCUUUAAUAUUCCAUGCUUGUACUAACAUCAGUGAAGAAAAAUAAACUGCACCAAACUUG